UAAAAAAAAAAAAAAAAAAAAAAAAAAAAAAAAUGUCGUCCCGCUCUGCUGUUAAUAAAACUUUAUCAUCAUUUUAUGAAACACAAAACAUUUCAAAUGAUCUUUUGCCAAAUUUUACAAUUGCUUCAAAUCCUAUAGAUUUACAAAAAUUUUCUAACGAUGUUACGAAGAAAAUCACAAUAAAAUGUAUCAAACUUUCUUCUAAUAAAAGUGAUUCAAUAAAAUUUGUUUGUGGUAAAUCAAAUAAAAAUAAUUCUAGAAAGGAGUUGGUAGAAUGGAUUAAGGAUGAAGAAAUUGCAAAUUUAAUCGAAAAUUAUGAAUUUAAACUUGGCGUUUACGAAAUUUUUUUCAAGAAAUUAAACGAAGAUAAAAAUUCCAAAGAAAAUUUUACUAAGGAAAAUGUAGAUAAUAUUAAAGAACUCGCAGAACUUGGAGUUACUAGUGCUCAAUUAAUUUUAGGUCUUUUGUAUGCAAAAUAUAUUGAAUCAGCUGAAACUGAACAAGAUGACAACAAAGCACUCGAAUGGUUUAAAAAAUGUUCAGACCAAGGACUUGUUGAAGGAAAUCUUUGUCUUGGAUAUAUUUAUUCUAAAGAAAAAAGUUCAAUAUAUGACCCAAAAGAAGCACUUGUCUAUUAUACAAAAGCAGCAGAUCAAGGGAAUGGUGUUGCAAUGAGAAAUUCAGCUAUAAUGUAUUUAGUUGGAGAACAAACGAAUCAAAAUCUCAAAGAUUCUAUCAAAUUAUUUAGAAAAGCACAUAAUCAAUGUGGAGAUGGCGUUUCGGGAAAUAUUCUAGGAAUAUUAUAUCAGAAUGGAGUUGGUAUUCCCAAAGAUGUUUACGAGGCCGCAAAAUAUUAUAGGAAAGCAUCUGAUUUAGGUGACGUCAAUGCAAAAUUCAAUCUCGGAUUAUUAUAUCUUAGCGGUGAAAGUAUAAAGAAAGAUGAAGUUGAAGCUGUAAAAUUAUUUAAAGAAGCUGCCGAGAAAGGAUUUGCACGAGCACAAAUGUUGUUGGCUAAUGCUUAUGAGAACGGACAAGGGAUUGAAAAAAGUGAUGAAAAGGCUUUUGAAUGGUAUUCUAAAGUUGCAGAAUAUAAAGAUGCAAAUCCUGUUAUAACUUAUGUUGGAGAUUCACAAUUUUGUCUUGCAAAGUUAUGUGAAAAAGGCUUUGGUACAAAAGAAAAAGAUUCGGAAAAGGCUUUGUAUUGGUAUACCAGAUCAGCAGAAAGUGGUAAUUCAAUGGCUCAAGUUACGCUUGGUGACAUGUACAGAAAUGGUCGUGGAGUUGAUGGAAUUGACGAACAAAAAGCUUUAAUCUGGUAUAUUAAAGCCGCAAAACAUGAUCAUUAUCAAGCCCAAUUUUCUUUAGGAGAGUUAUAUGAAAAGGGUUUAUUAGGCGUGAAAAAAGACGAAGAGAAAUCAUUGCAAUGGUAUAAAAAAUCUGCCAGGCAAGGUUAUAUUAUGGCGCUAUUAAGGCUCGGUAUUGGUUCUGAACCACCUGAAUAUAUUCAUAGGAAAAUAGAAAUGAUUACUAAAUUACCUCCUGUCAAAGAAUUGGAAAAAGAUGGCAAAGCUCCUGAACCCACGAUGAUUGAAGGCGGUGAUGAAUUUUUCGAAAAAUUAGAUAAUUUGAAAGACGGUGAAAAAUUAGAAAUAAACGAAUCAGACGAAGCAAAUGGCCUGUUUAAGUCACUAAAUUGAUGAAACUAUUUGUAUUUCUUUCUUUUCUCUUUUUGUAUUAUUAAUAUUUAACCAAAUAAAGAUUUUUAAAAUUCAGUACAGGUUAUUUAUAAAUUU